AUGUAUGCAGACGACAGCAUUAUGUGCUGUCUAUUUCCGAGUAGAUGUAACUCGUUUCCCCAAACACCAGUAGUUAUAUUUUCGAGUCUAUUGGAAUAUAUAAAUAUGAUCAUCGUCUUUAGUUCACCUAUCUUCAUAGCUUGGAGCGUAUUGCGAAUAAUGCUACAGUUUGUAGAGGUACCUAAAUUAAUUGAUCAAAAAAACUCAGAAGACAGUUGCAUAGAGGAACAAUCACUUCUGGAAGAUGUACAAACGAACCGUACGGAGUAUUUAUCCGAUGAAAAUAAUUCUGAUGGAUAUGGUGACAGACUAUGUUCGGAUUCCGACUUAAAUCUUAGUAAUGCCAUUCAACGAAAUUUGCUUGAUAGCAAAAAAGCUGGACCAUCUUCUGAUUGUUUCAAUAUUAAUAUGGAAUCAUCCGAAGAAGUUGUUAAUAUAGAUAUGACUAAUCAAAGUAGAAGAAGUUCCAACUCCGCCAGACGAAACUGUAAUAGUACCAGUGACGAGAGAGAAGAGUGUAAUCAUGACAUGGAACACAUGGGAGAACACAAAUACAAUUUGGUUUUGGUUCACUCCAACUUAACUGUUAUUGAUGAAGAUGAUAUAAAAUUUCUGAAUGAUGUCCACGAUGAUACGAAUAAUGACCAACCUAGAAACACGUUACCUGCAGGCUCGGAAACGGAUACAACAAACCAAGAGCAGAGUCAGAAGAAACCUUCCGACCAUCCAACAUAA